AUGUCGAAUGAUUUGAUUUCCCAUCGGCCAGAACUGUUUUUGGAAGGGCCCUCCGAUCCUGAUGCGCAGGCAACUAUCACUGAUUUUAUUGACUACACCGAAUACCUUCCGUCAGACCUUGUUCGCUCCCUGACUUUGGUUCGGAACUUGGACAAGAAAUACCUGGAUGCCGCCAAUGCUGUCCAUGAACUCACUCGCAUUUAUGGCCAGCUACCAGAAUUGUCCCCCAAAUCUCGACCAGAUCCUCACACCCUUCGCAUUCAAAUAUCACAACAGCUAAAACGAGCGAUCAAUGCCCGCGAAGCGUCGUUUGCCGAAGCCUCCCGCUUAUAUGACGCUGUAGAUCGCCAUUUCGACCGUUUAGGAAGUAUCAAAUCUAAAUUGGGUGCGCUUGCGAUUACCACUGCCCGCGAGCUUGAAGCCCAAGCAAAGAACCCGCCUGUGACAUAUAACACCGAAAAGGUUGAAACGCCAACGCGCCUCACGUUACGUCUUGAUGGUGGGCGCCAAAAAUCUCGCGUUGAAAAGGUAGCUAGAAGUAGCCGUCUAACCAGCCUAAACCCAAGUCACCUUACGGUCAGCGUCGAAGGAGCUAGCAAUGAAGCGCAUGUUUCAGCACUUGGAGAAGAUAGCCUAAAAAAGAAUACUGCUCAACCAAAGAAAACGCUGAAGAAUGGCAUAAAGCUGCCUGGAACAAGGACCCACAAAAAUGUCCCGGAACGCUCUACCAGCAAAGUCCUCGCCGCACUCCCUCCCCCACCGCCAAAUGCAGAACUUGGAGGCGAACACCGUCCAUGGCUACGGCUUACUGAGUGGGAAAUGGCUAUUCUGCGGAAAAAAAUGAAAAAGAACAGUGUUUGGCAGCCAAGCGACGUUAUGAUACUCCGCGAACUUGGAGAACUAGGCCGUGGAUGGGACAAUUAUCGAGCAGCAAAGGAAAAGGCCGAGCAAGAAGGCGCCGAAUUUCUUGAUUGCGACGAUGUUAUGAACACUUAUGUUCCAGGAAAACUCACCCGUAAAGCUGACGCUGUGGGCGGCACCGGAACGGUGGAAGAAACGAAAUUGGUUAAUCGAGGUAUGAAAAUGAAUGAAGCGAGGAAGUUGAAGCGCGAAUCCCAAGCACGAGAACAAGCUGCACAAGCUGCGGCGGAGGCGGAGUCUGCAGCAAAACGACUGAGCGAUAUCGGAUCGACGUUCAAGAGCUUGUUCUCAAACCCAUUUAGCCAGAGACCCCUUGAUACAUCUGACACUGGAUCUUUCGGUGUAGCAUGCAUUACUAACGGCAUCACAGUGAAGCCUAGACCACAACCAACCGGUGCUUCUAGGAAGAGAAAACUCGAAGAAUCAGAGGCACUUGCGCAACCAGAGAACACCGAGCAUAUGACCACUGACACCACUUCAGCUAGAACUAGCACGAAAAAACCAAAAUUGACAAAACCCAUGACUAUUGCUGAUGAUACCACAGUUGUAGAACCUACAUCUAUCAAAACCUCUAUCCCUAUCGCAUCAGCUGCCCCAGUGAAAGAGGCUCAGGAGAUGCCCCCGGCCGAGCUGGAACGCCCCGUAACUCGGAGCGGCCGUCGACCAUCAACAUCAAAAGGCCAGCCAACAUUUACUCCACCGAAUGGUUUGAGAUCGACCCGCCACCGAUCCGCAACCGCGGGACCAACAGAGGCCGCAACCCGCGAAUCAAUUCGCCGCAAGAGCAUGACGCCGGGCAAGGCUAUCACAGUAGACGCUAGUGCACUAGCACCGGCCACCACAGCGGCAGGGCGACGGAGUAGGCGUCCCGCACCGGGCCCAGUGACGGCAGGCCAAGAUGGCGGGUCUGCUGUUAGUGUUGGCCGACGCAAGGCUAAGCCGACCAAAAAGAGAAAGGACCUGAACGGGAGAGAUGGCAAUUCUCAAACGCGGGAUGACUAUCGAAUCGAUGAAGACGGGGUUAUGGAGGAAAUUGACCCGAACGAGCCGAGAUACUGCCUUUGUGGGGAUGUAAGCUUUGGGACAAUGAUUUGCUGUGAAGACAAUGAUGUGAGUAUUUUUAUAUUUUUCACCCAUGUAAUUUCUAUAUAG